UGGUGGUGGUUUCAAAGGCAGCAGUUUCGGUGGUGGUUUCGGAUACAGCAGUUUUGGCAGUGGUAUCGGUGGUCUGGGUGGUUGUUUUAGUAGUAGUGGAGGUAGCAGUUUUGGCGGUAGCAUCA